AUGGCAGAGAAAGAGGGAGGAAGAGAACAGGGGAGAGGGAAGGACGGGGAUGAUUUAGGAGGGAAAGCAGUGGUUGGGGCCCAAACAGCUGGCGGAGGAGUGGUAAUUGAGGUCCGGGAGAAGAAAGGACCACUUCGGGCUGCAAUACCCACAAUGCCUUUCCCUCUGGCCGUCAUCUGCUUGUUUCUCAACACCUUUAUACCUGGACUAGGUACCUUCAUCUCAGCGUUGACGGUGCUGUGUGGAGCUCGUAACGAGCUGGUCUCAGAGCGCGGCGUGUGCUGUGUGUUUUGGCUGAAUGUAGCGGCCGCCCUCAUCCAGAUACUGACGGCUGUAAUCAUGGUUGGAUGGAUCAUGAGCAUCUUCUGGGGAAUGGACAUGGUCAUCCUGGCUAUCUCCGAUGGCUGUAGAGACCAAGGAAUCCCCCAGGAGGUUUGA